AUGACCAACAGCCCAGCGCCUAUGAUCUAUCUGCAAUGUAUCGACCCUAGACAAACCGUUUUGGGGCUCCUGGAGGCCCAUAAAGCGCAGCCGGGGCAACAUGCGUUCCCUUUAAGUCGACCAUGCAAUGCCUUGCCUACCCUAUAUUACAGAACAAUCCUAUGCUUUUCGGUGCUUUUCGAUGGGUACAAAGCGAGAAGUCCUGUCAUCAUCAUCGGCCAUGUUGAAGUCGGAGGCAUUCCAGUGGAGAUUCGGGAUAUGGCUGCAAAAAUAGGCUUUGAAAUCGGCUGUAGGCCGUUCCAGCUGUUCUACACAGCAUAUGACAAAUGGAAGUCGGAUUUCAAGCCGGCUUUUAACAGUCCAGGAUCAGCCAAGGCUACCAUGGACAUGUUCAGCACCCUCUACGAAAUGGGCUUCAGGGAGAGAGACCUUCUUGACCAGCAGCAGGUCAACAGGUUCAAGGAGAGUGUCAAGCCCAAAAUAGUACACGUGGUGCCACCAAACUUCAUCAAUGGGCUUGAGGCAGCCGUUGAGGCGGUUGCCAACCCAAACCCCCGGAAGAGGAAGAACUGCUGGGAUAGCCAAGAAGGAGAUGGGGACGAUGGUGAACGUGAUGGCACCAAGGAUGCAUCAGGAAGUGGGACUUCACAGGGUGUGCAGCGUGCCAAGAGGUACAUCCUGGAGAAGUUGUACAAGUUCUUCGAUCCAGUCCUGAAGGACUUCAAUCCAGCAUCCAAGAUCUACUCGGAAGUGCCCUCCCUCACCCUCUCCUGCCCUCUCUGUCGCGUCAUAUGA